AAACAAAUAUAUCAGUAUUUAUUGUUCAACAUUUUCAUUUUUUGAACAGCCUAUGGGUUUACCACUUUAUAAACCAAAAAAGGAUAGCGAUGAAGUUAUUAACAGAAAACCUAGAAAACAGUCAUUAAAUUUUACAAAUGAUGAAUUAUGGUCUGCAAUUCCUCAUGAGUUAAUUCAAAAUGCUCUUAAUCAAAGACAUCUUUCAUUUAGACAGUCUUCAUUAAACAACCAUUCUACUGUGCCUACUUCUUCAUUUCCUUUUAGAAAUAACAAUAGCCGCAUUAGCAAUAGAAAUUCGCAUUCUAUAUUGUCUCAACCUCACAUGCGCAUACGCAUGACUCGAAAUAAUGCUAUGGCAAGAUCUUCUUCAGCUUCUCAUGUUCAACAGUUACCAAUUGCUCCACUUUCAUCUUUUACAACAAAUCAAAUAGAUGAACAACUUCAACAGCGUAUAAAUGAAAAGGAAAGUUUAUUAGCACAACUUCGAGCUACUAUUCUAUUAAUUGAUCAAUUCUUAUUAACAAAUGGUUCUCGACAAUCUAAUCUAAUGGAUUCACAUUCUUUUAUUGCAGAAGAUUUACCUUUGAUAAUUCAAUCUGCCUCCUCUUUAGUUGCAAUGAUACCUACAGUUUUGUCUUCUUCAACUGACUAUAUAUCAAAUACUAAUGAACCUACUACAUUAAAUGAAAUGAUUGAUAGGCUACUUCAAGCUCCUCCUUAUUGUACUCUUAUAAAUGACAUUGAAAACAAUAUUAUAUCAGCUCAGCGUCGUCUAAGAGAGCAUAUUAGAGCAUUAGAAUCCUUCAUACCUUCUACUUCAUCAUCUACAAGUUUAUUUACUUGAAAAAAAAAAAAAUCGAAAAAUUUUGUAUAAAUCUCCACUAAUUCCAUCUAAUAAUAUAGCAGCAUUUUUCAUACUUUAAUAUAUAUGUAUUUUUUAACAGAUUGUC